AUGGAUCUACCGGAUGAGGCGCAAUUCAAUGUGGUCGCUUUGAUACAGAUGGUGACAAGGAAUUUUAUGCAGAUCACCAACUCAAUGUCAGAUGAAGAAGUUCUCCAACUCAUCUCCCAAAUCGCUGUUGCUGAGAUGAGGCUGAUGGAAGGAUUGAGACUUCAGCUGGACUCGCCCAUCCCACUUGAAGCAAAGGCUGCCGAUGGGACGUCGGAGGGGCAAGAAAAUGCCACCACCAUGAGUGUUGAAAAAAGACAGAAAGAAAGUGUGCGUCGAGAGUCACAGCGUAAUCUCGCUUCAUUUCGAGCCAACUUUGGCCAUCGGAAUGCUGUUGGGAUUUCUUAUAUGGCCUCGCGAGCAAUUGGCGAGUUGAAUGCCGCACUGACAGGCGCCAUGGAGCUUGUCGCAACUCCACACCUCGCCGCCACAACCAAUGAAGGUGGAUUUAUGCAUUUUUUCAAAAUCGCCACUCUGCCCCAACUCUACGAAGCCUCUGCGAAAUUGAACAAGCUGUCCUGUGCCUCCUUUUCAGUUCUUGACCUCGCCACCCUUCUAGACAAAUGCGGCACCAUCGUCAUUCAG